AUGGCUGAUAAACCACCCGCAGCUAUGCCACCAGCCAGCGAACCAUUUCCAGGUUCACGAACACCCGGUUGGAAUGAUCCACCACCAUUGGCCUUUAAUCCCAUGUCGGCGGCCGCAACACCGGGCAGACCACGUAUUAGUUUGAACAAACGUGUCGCCUAUCCCCUGCAAGGUUCUGUGACGUCAACAACUGCUACUACAAAACCAACGGCAGUGGUAUUGCCAAAUCAGGUGGCCGGAGGUGGUAUGCCACUGCCACCACCUCCGAUGGCUGUGAAUGCAGCAACGGCUACAACAAUUAUGCAACCUGUGGCUGUUGUCCAUCCCAUGCCGCCAAUGCCAUUGCAGCAGCAGCAUUCGGCUGGCCAGCAGGAAACGGUGGUUUUGCCAGCCGAUGCAUUAGUGGUAAGUUUUCGUCAUCUAAGGGAUAGAGUUCCUUUGGUCCAGGAAUCGGUGAAUGUAAGGCGGGAAGAAAUCGAAAGACGUUUGGGCAUAAUUGAGCAACUGUGGCAGAGUGGCAAUCUAAGUGAAGGUGUUAAACAGAAAAUCUAUAAAUUAAGUUUGGCCGUGCAACGCAAUGCCCACAAUGAGGCAAUGGAAAUCUAUACCAAUCUAGUGGCCAAUCAUGCAAAUGAAUGUACAUCGUGGGCCAUAACAUUGAGACACAUUGUUUUGACAAUAGCACCAACACAAGCAGCAAUGACUACCACAUCGGCAACAUCGCAACACUAA